AAGCUGUCCAAAUUUCCCUAAUUUCCUAGUCGACUUCGAUGCCCUUCAGUCCAGAGCCUGGUAGCUUAUGGCACAUCUUUUCAUGCUAGCUCUGGCUUGAUAAUACACCUGGAAGUUUUCAGCGGCUCCCCCCUUGAGCCAGACCUUGUCGCUCUACAAGAAUUCCCCAAUGCCUGACCAACGAUAGCAAUGCUGCGGAUGCUGGAGGCUCAGGCCCCGGCCAAACAAACGGCUGGACAUACAAUCGAUACGCUCAGCAAUCGCCUCAGCAAUGCCUCCCUACUAGAAGACCGUCGCGCCGCGAUCCAUGGGUUACGGAGCUUCGCAAAGGACUAUCCAGCAUCGGUGGCUUCGGGCGCAUUGCGACCUUUGAUCGCUUGCCUCACGAACGACAUUGAAGAUGUGGACACAAUUAAGCCUGUUCUCGAAACGCUACUGGGCCUGUUCAACCCUAGUCCGGACAGUCUGGAAGCAUCAGAGGAUAUAGCGCUCUGGCUUGCUGACGAGUUCACGACCAGACAAGACAACAUACAGAUCCUACUCGACUUGCUCGACAGCUCUGACUUCUACUCCCGUUUGUACUCCCUAAGACUGGUACAAUGCAUAUUUGCGGCACGGCCCGAACGGACACAAGAGUGCAUUUUGGGAGCUGCUCUGGGCACUUCGAGACUUGUUGCUUCGCUAGACGACAGCAGAGAUGCCAUACGCAAUGCUGGUCUGGUGCUCUUGAGCGAGAUUACGAGGUCAUCGACCGAGCUACAGAAGCUUGUAGCAUUCGAGAAUGCAUUCGACCGCGUGUUCAAAGUCAUUAAGAUGGAAGGAUCACUUUCGCAGGGCGGCAUCAUUGUCCAGGAUUGUUUGGAACUUCUUGCUAACCUGGUUACUCACAAUCCGUCGAAUCAAUCGCUAUUUAGAGAAUCAGGAUGCGUUUCGAAGUUCGCGCAGCUCCUUCAGGAGGCGCACAAGACACAGAUUGACGGCGAAGAGGCGUGGCCAACGCCUCAGAAAGAGAAGAACAUCUGGGGGUUGCUGGGUGUAAUUCGGCUCUUUCUAGCGGAGGGUGCUGUUGGGACACAGGAAAAUCAGAUCGCUUUCUUCAGGCAUGGGCUACUCCAGCAGGUCAUCGAGCUGGCUUUCCACCAGGCGUCUCAGGCGACAGUUCAGGCGGAGGCCCUGUAUGCAUGUGCUGAUAUGGUGCGUGGCAAUCCUACACUGCAAACCAACUUUGCAGGAUUACAAGUUCCAGCGCCAGUUGGGCAGCCACCAUCAGGACAAAAUGGACACACAAAUGGCGUACCAAAAGUUUACAUCAUAGAAGCCUUGUUGGAUCUCUCAGUUGUGCCGUCGUCAAGCACGCCUUUUGAAGUCCGCAUGGCUGCGUGCGAAUGCAUCAAAGCUUACUUCUAUAAGCACGCCGAGGUCCGACAUCACUUUCUGAAUCGCGCAAUCGAAGGUCACUUGUCAGGCCAGGAUGAAACUGCCAACGUGGUGUCGAUACUGCUGCGGGAAGAGCUCAAAACGGGCGACCCAUAUCGAGUCUGGUUCGCUGCCGAUCUCGUCUUUCAUUUGCUAUGGGAGGAUUCGAAGGCAAAGAACAUGCUCAUGACUGUCACUGAAGGUGAUGCAGAAAGUGGAGAAGAAGUCGUCACUUGCAUCCAGACACUUACGGAGAAUUUGCUUAUGGCAAUUCAGAGAGAAGAAGACGAACGCAUCGUGAUUGCCUAUUUCACAGUGCUGUGCGGCUGGCUCUUUGAAGAUGGAUCUGCUGUCAAUGAUUUCUUGGGCGAGGGGAGCAAUGUCCAGAUAUUGAAGCAAAGGAUGACAACGGGUGGCCCAGAGCUUGCAGUUAUCAAAGGGCUUUGUGCGGUACUCUUGGGCGUGAUUUAUGAAUUCUCGACCAAAGACUCGCCCAUACCACGCCGGAAAUUACAACCUCUUCUUACAGCGCAACUUGGUCGUGAGCGAUACCUCCAAGCUUUAUCCCAGCUGAGGCAGCACCCUCUGAUAAGGGACUUUGAGGUGGUACCUCAAGGUGCUGCUCCGCCUAGCGCUGGAGGGGAACUUCCGCCAUAUGCAUUUUUUGAUGCUACCUUCGUCGACUUCCUUAAGGACAAUUUCAGCCGUCUGAGCAGAGCAAUCGAUAGAGAUCCGGGCCUUGAAGUGCAAAUCCAUUCCAAGGAAGCUGGUGUGGACCGUGACCUGGUUGAUUCACUACGCGCGCAGCUGGACGAGAAAGUCCAGGCUGUUCAAAAGCUUGAAACAGAUCUUCUUAGCCUACAACGGCAGCUAGACCAUGAAUCAGCAAGUGCACGAAAGGCUGCAGAUACUUCCACUGCAGAAAUCAAUCGCAUUCGGCAGAUUAACGAGGCGCUACAACGAAAUCAUGAAGCUGAUCUUGAGAAGUUGAAAAAAGAGCAUGCUCUUGCAUAUACUAGCCUGCAAGAAUCGUCGGAACGAAAGAUCCAGGAUCUCCAACAGCAAAUCGAAGCCAUGAAGAAAGCGUCGGCGGAAGAAGCGGCCCGUACGAAGGAAUACUACGAGCGAAGCAUCAACCAGCUGCGUAACACCAAGACAGGCUUGGAAAGCCGUUUGUCAGAGGCUCAAAAGAAAGAGGAAUCUUACCGUGAAAUGAGUCACAAAUCUCAGCAAGCGUUACGGCAAGGUGUUGAAGAACUUACGUCUGCGCGGAAACAUAUCGCCGAGCUGGAGACGAAGCUGAAGGAGCGGGAUAAGCACAUUGAGGCACUGCAAGUGAAGGAGACGGAGCUGAAGGAACAGCUAGAGGAUGAACGCACAAAGAUAACGAUGCUCGAGAAGGAAGCGUCGGAAUUUGAUGCAAAACUGGAAAAGAAGGGCAACGAGCUUAAGAAGAAAGAAGAGGAGCGGCAGGCAGCACAGACAGAAUUGGACGAUCUUAUGAUCAUCUUAGCUGAUCUGGAGGAAAAGAGGGCGAAUGACAAGAAACGUCUGCAGGAACUCGGUGUAACCGUGUCGGAUGACGAGGAUGAAGACGGAGACGAUGAGGACAACGAGGAAGACGGGGAAGUCGAUUAAUUUUUUCUUGGCUGAAACGUCUGAAGCUGCUUGACCAGAGCUUGCCGACUUAGAACUUUGACCUCUGCAAAGCACACGUUCGUACUUUGCCAUCAUAAUAUUGCAUCCGGUGGGAUGACAAGCUGAUCCUAGGCCGUGAACAAGUAGCACGAAAACAUGCAUACUUCAAUAUCUGAAGUUGCGAUGCUGGACCUAA